AUGUUCCACAGUGCAGAUAAAUUGACAUUUGGAAAAGCCAUCAAUCUCAUUGUUCAACCCAAUGGAACUCAUGCCCACCCAACACUGUCCAUCCUCACCCCACUAGGCGAGAGCAGUGGUGAUGACCCCAAGGUGUGCCUGGCUACAGGCUUCUUUCCCAGGGAGGAAAACAUGAAGCUGACCCUGGGGAAUAAUAAAAGUGUCGACCACAGCACAAGCAAUGCAGCUUUAUCUUCCAGACGUACCUACUACUAUGCCGGAUUCUCCAAAGAGAAUAUCAAGCAUUGUGUGAUGGAUGGCAUUGACAAGGCGCACGAUGAGGAUAAAGAUGAUUUUACAGAUAAUACCACGGCUACAACUGCUUCUGUCAUUUGUAAAGAUGAACCCCUCAACAAUGCUACUGCUACCAACCAUACCGAUUAUACCAAGAUGAACUUCACAGCCGUGGUUGUGUAUGGUUUGAGAGUGCUGUUUGCCAAAGCCGUGGCAUUUAAUGUGCUAUUUACUGUCAAGGCCCUGGUGUUCUAGACAUAUUUUCACUUGGACUCCUACUUUUCAGUUCUGCUUUGCUUCCAGUUUGUCAAACCUGCCUUGUGGUUUUAUCAAGAGCUUUGUUGUACAACAAUAUAAGUAUGUGACUUUGUUCAGGGUUGAAUGCUGCAAUUCCUCUGUACACAUUUAGGAAAUACUAGAUACUAGAUACACAUGUAAUGCAUGUGAUUGUUUGGGAUUGAACGUUAGAUUACAUUUUAUAUUCUAUUUCAUUUUAUAUUAUGUUUUAUUAUUUACAUUUGCUUGUAUUAUAUCUUUAACUGCAAGUUGUCAUCAAAAGUGUAUAAAGACUCCAGAAAUGAUUUCAAACAAUAAUGUAAAUGUACAUUGAUCAAGUUAUUUACGUGAAUACUUUGCAGUUGUUUCUAAAUGCACAAAACCUGUCAAUAGAGAAUUUAAACCACAUUUUCACCAGUACAUUGAAACCGUAUGAACAGUCAAACCAAAUUAACAGAUUAAGAUCUAUAAGACACCUUGAUUUCCAAGAAAUGGCUCCAUCAGUUACUUUAUUUGCAUGCAUGCUCAAGUAGUAACAAUAGCGAGAAACACACAUAAUAGUGAGAAACACAUGCCUUAUAAUUGUUGAUGAAUUGUAUUAUGAAAAUAAUUUGCAAUUACAUGUGCAUCUGAUAUCAGUCAAACAUUUUAUAAUCGUAUAUGGGAGCUGUAAAUGUAUUGAAAUUAACAGACACUGCUUUUUUAUUCUAAACUAAACCAUAAUGAAUGUGAAAAGAUGGAUGUCUAUCAAAUGACUAAAAUGGUUGGAAAGUAGUAGUCAGACUCCGGUUUACCAGAAACAUUUGCUUAGGACUCAUCAUUAGGCCUACAGAUUUAGUAAUGUGCACAUUUAAAAUUCUGAGAUUAUGUUGCCCCCUGCUGGUUGUACAUUUAUCUUUCUCCGUUGACGUUGUGAUCACUAAAUCACCUGGGCCCAGUUUUUCAAAAGUUAUAUAUCUGUAUUUUGCUUAUUGGAUAGGAUUAAAUGCAUAUAAAUAGAAUGACUGGAAUGGGAAUCCCCAUGCAAGUCAAUGAUUUGUAUGUUCUAUUCAUUCUAUUUCUAUGCACUUCAUCUUAUCCAAUAGGCGAAAUCCAGAUAGAUAACUUUUGAAAAACUGGACCCUGAGUAUUGCUUCACUGCAUGAAUCUGCAUUGAUUCUUCACGUCCUCCCUCCUCAUCUCCUUCUGGUUCCUUCUCUUCCAAGGCAUUUUGAGAAGAAGGCAUAGAAAGAUUAUGUGAGGAAUCAAGGAAAUACAAUUAAGAUUCACACACUGUCUUCAGUUAUCUAGUCACUUACAUGCUUGGCUCCACAACCAAAUCUUCAAUUGCCAAAAUAUCAUGCAGUAUUGGGUUUUCAGUUGUGUAUCUUCUAUAUGAUCAAUUGAACCACCGUAAUACAUUUUGCUUGUGAAUUUGCAGCUUUUUGGUGUUCAAGUGUUUUAUUAAAUGAAUAAAUCAAUUAUAUUUGUG